GGGGGGGGCAUAGUUUUCUAAUGUCAUCAUGAAUCAGCGGAAACAAGGACCCUUCAUUUGGAAAAAUUUACUUGUCACAGUAGGCCGGAGGGUGUGUGUGUGCACGUGUGCGAUUGUGCUUUUUACCAAGAAAAGUGUUUCUCUUCUACGUUUGCGUUUAACUCCCAGUACAAAUAGCGACGUUUUUCUUUUCAACAACUCAAAUAAAAACAAAAACAUUAUAUAAAUUAAAAUGAGCACACAAAAUUAUUAUGCUGCUUUGGGAGUGUGCGCUGACGCGCCAAUGACUGAAGUUUGUCGUGCCUAUCAAUAUUAUGCACCACUUUGCCAUCCGGAUUCGAAACUCUAUAGUUCAAUAAUGUUCCCGAUUAAGGAUCUCACGCAGCAGGACUAUUGGCUACUGGUUAACGAAGCUUGUGAGGUGUUAACAAACGCAGAGUGGCGGGCGCGCUAUAAUGUUGGCUCGCUGAAGACUCACCCUCCCGAGUAUGUGUUCAGCGGCGAUUGUCUUGGAAUUUACAACAAGUUUUACAUCGUUCCAUUUACGAGUGCACCACCACCACCGACCGAGGAAUGCAUUGAUCAGCCUGCAGUUCUGCAGUUGGAAUCACUUGCUACUAUUCCAACGUUGGUAUUUGUAGUGGAAGUAGAUAUUGAAGAUUUAUUUGCAGGUGUUACGAAAUUAAUCACAUAUCCACGCAUGGUGAUGAAUAACGGCAGAUAUACAACGAUAAUGCAUACAUUGGAUGUUCCGAUUACACCAUACAUGCGCCAUCAGGGAUCCUUCGCAAUGAAGGGUUUCGGGCACGAGGGCGAUCAGAUCCGUAGUGACGUAGUGGUGGUAUUGAACCUAAACCCACACCCCUUCUUCACCAUAUCCGGCGAUGAUCUCAUCUGCAACGCCACCAUACCAUUGUCCACCGCACUGUUAGGUGGAAAACUGAAGGUGCAGACGAUCGAUUCGAAGACGAUUUCGACGCAUAUAAACCCAAUGCACCUUACCGUCUAUCCGUUGGUGAAGCAGUUCAAUGGUGAAGGCUUGAAAACGCCAGAAGGUCGUGGUAAUAUGAUCGUUAAUAUAACGAGUAAGUUUAUUCUUGCAACGUUUGCCAUAUUAAACGCUGUUCGAACGGCUCUAACGGCUCUUUCUCUAUUGCAGUUAAAAUGCCCCGUGUGCCACCGUAUCUGCGUAAGGAUGCAGAACGUCUCUUGCGCGAGAUGGAAAAGUUUACGGAUAAAAAAGAGCGCGGAAAUUAACAGUGCGGAAAUCUGCGAUCCAACCGCGUACGCUCAACAUCGACCACACACUGUAACGAGCGUAAAAUUCAUCAAUGGAACCGUCGCACUUGCGCGCGUAUCAACCCCCCUCCCCCUUGCCGACAACACGUUCCUUGCCCGUGUGCCGUAGUGUUGGUGCAUUUCCGUAAACAACACAUUCCGCGACGGCGCGUUUCGGGUUCUUACUUUAUUUAUCAAGUAAAACUAGCUAGUAAGAAAAGGUGUAAAGCCACAACGACCCGGUAACGCGGCACUACAUUCACCAUUGUAACUUUAUCGAUUACUUCCCAGCACCGCAAUACGCACGCACGAAAUUAAGACACGUUACGAAUAGGGCGAACAGAAAAACAAAACCUUCUUACCGCACCAG